GCAGGCAAGACGCUCUGCGACGCUCAGAAGGCGGCAAAGGGGUUAGAAAAGAAGAGCGGAGGGGCGUUCGGUGACCUGUCUGAGGAGAAACGAGACGGUGUGUAGCAUAAAAGAGAGCAUGCAUGCAUGCUGUCUCAUCCUGCUGCUCUUGCUUCCUGCCUUGUGUCUGAGCAAAGGAAGUUUGGGGAGCGCCCUCAACCACAGCGCCUGACGAGAGAAGCCAUGCGAAAUUACCUGAAGGAGCGAGGAGACCAAACUGUGCUCAUCCUACACGCUAAAGUUGCACAGAAAUCAUACGGCAAUGAAAAAAGGUUUUUCUGUCCUCCCCCGUGUGUGUAUCUGAUGGGCUGUGGAUGGAAGAAGAAGAGGGAGCAGAUGGAGCGAGACGGCUGUACGGAGCAGGAGUCUCAGCCCUGUGCCUUCAUCGGCAUCGGUAACAGUGACCAGGAGAUGCAGCAGCUAAACUUAGAGGGGAAGAACUAUUGCACAGCCAAAACAUUGUACAUCUCAGACUCAGACAAACGCAAGCACUUCAUGCUGUCGGUGAAGAUGUUCUACGGGAACAGCUCAGACAUCGGCGUCUUCCUCAGCAAGAGGAUCAAGGUCAUCUCCAAACCUUCCAAAAAAAAGCAGUCGCUCAAAAACGCAGACCUCUGUAUAGCAUCAGGAACGAAGGUGGCGCUAUUUAACCGGCUUCGCUCGCAGACGGUCAGUACACGUUACCUGCACGUAGAGGGAGGAAACUUUCACGCCAGCUCACAGCAGUGGGGAGCCUUCUACAUCCACCUCUUGGAUGAUGAAGAGUCCGAGGGAGAGGAGUUCACUGUACGAGACGGCUACAUCCACUACGGACAAACUGUCAAACUCGUGUGCUCUGUGACGGGCAUGGCUCUUCCUCGACUGAUCAUCCGUAAGGUGGAUAAGCAGACCGCCUUGCUGGAUGCAGACGACCCCGUCUCCCAGCUGCAUAAGUGUGCCUUUUACCUGAAGGAUACGGAGAGGAUGUACCUGUGCCUUUCUCAAGAGAGGAUCAUUCAAUUUCAAGCUACUCCAUGCCCAAAGGAACCAAAUAAGGAGAUGAUAAAUGAUGGUGCCUCCUGGACAAUCAUCAGCACUGAUAAAGCAGAGUACACCUUCUAUGAGGGUAUGGGCCCUGUACACACCCCCGUCACCCCCGUGCCUGUGGUCGAGAGCUUACAGUUAAACGGUGGAGGAGACGUCGCAAUGCUGGAGCUGACCGGACAGAACUUCACUCCCAAUCUGCGAGUGUGGUUUGGUGAUGUGGAGGCCGAAACCAUGUACAGGUGUGGCGAGAGCAUGCUGUGCGUCGUCCCAGACAUCUCGGCGUUCCGCGAGGGCUGGAGGUGGGUGAGGCAGCCGGUGCAAGUCCCCGUAACGCUGGUCCGCAACGACGGCAUCAUCUAUUCCACGACGCUCACGUUCACGUACACGCCCGAACCCGGCCCCCGUCCGCACUGCAGCGCCGCCGGCGCCAUCCUCCGAGCGGGCAGCACCAGCUUGCUGUCCACGACCGGCAACAGCGCGGGAGGCAACGGCGAAACGGCACCCUACGGCCCCAACAGCACGUCCAACGCCGUCGCGGCGUCCUCCUCUAAUGCAGCCGCGGCCGUGGUGUUAUAACACAAACUCAAAACGCAUUCGACAAGACUACAAACUAGUUUGUAAAAGUGCUGCAUAUUGAAUUUCAACGGAAAAUCCCCGGGGGACGAUAAAACAAGGGAUGGAUGGGCGAAAAAAAAAGGCUAAACCUGUGGCGAGGUGCAAACGAUUCGAGAAUGCUUCUCCCGUGCCCUCUUGUGGUUUUCUUUAAGGAGCCGGUCUGGUGCUAGCAAUAGACAAUGCCUGAGAGGAAACACCAGCGCCUGUUAGCAGCGGUAGAAGAGAAGUGGAGACCACGGCAAUGAUACAGAAUGCGGCGACUGAAAAUGAUGUUCAGUCUCUUACGUUUCUUCCUUCUGAUUGGGUGAGAGGUAUCAUAGCCUGAGAGCUUAAACUCUUAGGAAAAGGGUCACAUUGAAAUUGUAAGAUGAGUUUUUAUGGACCAAGGAUAUUGUAUAAGCUUUAGUAAAGGUACUUUUUUUUUUGUUUUGUUUUUUUUUCUUCCUCCAUACCUUUUUUAUAUCAAACAUUAUAGUACGCUUUUGUUACCAAAUCGGUUCUAUUCCUCCUCUGAGCUUUUUCUGUAUAUAGCUACUUUCAUAUACAUCUGUUCGGUUUUGAUACUUUGUAUUUUGUACCCCCUCCCCUUCGUUCAGUUUGGUCGUUUUCAUUUGGAGGAAACUCAGAGGGCCGUUUUUUUUAUCCUUCGUUUUUAUGAAGUCUUUAAAAAGAAAAAAGAGCUUUAAGCAAUGCCUCUGCCUUGCCUGCAUUACAAAAUGCGCUACGCUUCCUUUAAGCAUUUCAUCGACGUGUCUAGAUCUCACGAAAGGAACAAUGCCAUCUUUCUGUCUCAUUUGGGAAAUUUCAAGCAGAAAACACAAAACAGAGGCUUUAGAUGCAACGCGUCUCUUCGACGCGGUAGCCAUAGUUGUAGUUCAUUUGUUCUAGAGCACAGGUAGGAUCUCACAUAUCGAUAUCGGAAAGUUCACUGUAGUUGGAUAUUUGUAAGUUCAGACACGAGUUUAGACUCCUACAGUUUUAGUGCCAUUUUAUACUGUUUCCUUUCUCAGAUUGAGUUGUUUGUCUUCCUUGACUUCCAUUUGCAUUUUUGGAAAUUUGAAAUGAUUUGGAGACGUGCUCUACUAUUAGAUGUGGCCUUACUGGAACAAAGGUUCCCCGUUUAGUUCACUCCUUCAAAAGGAGGUGUACAAACGCGACCCGAGGAACCAAGCCUUGCAUUUUGAACAUUUUACAUGCGAUUUUUGAUAUUUAAACUCCCUUAAAAGUUUUGUUUUUGGAUUUAGAAGGUUUAAAUGUGUAACAGAUACAAACAUACCCAAAGAUAUUAUAUUGCAUUGUUGUCUCUGUUUUUUGAAUAUUUGAAGAGUAUGUCGGGAAUUGUGGCCUCUCGCACACCAAAAGUAGGAAGCUUUACUCCGUUGGUCAUUGAUGCGUUUAUCGUGGCCUUGGUGUCUCACCAACUGGUAGGCUAGUAUUAAUGACAAAAAUUAAAAAAUAAAUAAAAAAAAACUAAAACCUUAGCUGUAAUGAACUCAUCAACCAGCACUAAUAGUGUUUUGUGACUUUCUUUUUUAUGUACAGUAAUUUAACUUUUGAAUUUUAUGCGUCCAUUUGUAAAAAAGAAAAAAAAAAAAAAAAAAAAGACAAACCAUUCAGCCAUUUUGUUAUUAUUAUUUUUUUUUCGUGUGUCUGUGGCUCUUAACCCGGUUACGUCCUUGGUGUUUCUCGUCGAUGCGGUCGGGUGUUUAGCGUCCGAGUUCCUUCUUUUAUCUUCUAUGUUAUUGUCAGGAUAGUAAAAGGACAUCACGGGACUAGAAACGUGGAAGUAAAUGGCCUUUAAAUAAGUGUCUCAAAGAUGUAAGCAUACAGCAAUACUGUAUAGGUCACUUUUUGUGCGUGUGGAAAUAGCCACUGAUUUUUCACCAGCCUGGUCCACAGCAUACGUGGUCACGAAGAACAGCUGGCUCAACCAGAGUCGUCUUCACUUUCUUUUACGCUUCAUGCUAAUUUCGGUAGAUCCGUAGAUCCUCCACCGUCUUCCUUACUCGCGUAGUACCAGUAGGCGACCCGUCAAACAAGGCAAUACUCCAGCAUCGUGGGCCUAUAGUGUAGUAGAUUUCGGGCAAAAACUGUAACUUGAAUGUUUCUGCAAAAAGAAAAAAGAAAAAAAAAAAAGUUCACUUGUUGCCUCCACUAGCUUUUUAGCUCCGCCGUGUUCUUCAGCAUCGAUCUCUCUUUCUCGCUAAAAAAACGUCUUUGAUGGCCUCUUUGCAAAAAUCUUCCAUGAGGUGGUUUAACCUGAAGCUCUUGCACUCGGGUUCCCCCUUAAUUCUUGCGUGACGGUCUUCUUCCUUGUUAACAUAUCCGUGCAGUUCAGUGCGAGCGCACGCUUCCAUUUCGAGGAAGAUGGCGGCCGGGCAAAAAGCAUGGAUGCGUAAACUGUAACUACGCCCACGUUAAGCAGUGCGUUAAUUUUCUAAUACUUGUUUUUUUUUUUUAUAUAUUUAAGCGAGUGUCAUUGUCAGAGCUUACCAUGUGACGUGGUAUUGUACGUUUCUAUUUUUUUUCCCUUCCCUUGACUUAUAUAGCUUCACGACCCCAAAAAGAAAAACAAGUGCUUUAAGCCAGUCCGCCUUGAAAUGAUACAGCAUCAUUGAAACAGUUCCUACACAAACUAAAGAAAGCGAUUAAUUCGGGCUGAAAAUUCAGUGUGGCUUUAUCAUGUUUUCAUUAGCUUAGCACAACAUUUCCGUCACUCCGAUUGCUGCCCGUGUUCCACGUUUAGCUCAUUUCUGCCCCUCUCUUACUGUGGUGUUACGCUGGUAAAGUGCAUUAUGUUGCUCUCUGAACAAACCGAUCGACAAUCUUGCUGUUUUUUUUACUGUUUACGUGUUUUGUUUUGUUUUGUUCGAAGGUGUUGAGCUUUAGAAUGAAGGAUUUGUUCUGACUCAUAUCUGAAACCGGCACGCCGAGGUGCAUUAUAACAAAAUCCCUAUCGUUUUUCUGUCGGUUCUAAAUCAGUUGAAGAGUUUUAACACCCGAGGCAUGUAUGCAGAGGUCACGCACCAAGCCUUAAAAAACGCAUUUAAUGGCAAUCCGAGUGAACAAAUAGUUGUUUUUUUUCCUCUUUAAAAAUCAGCCGGUGUCAUUUAUACGCAUCUUAUCGGUUUUAUAUUUCUUCAUUAACGUUGCUCUUCCAAGAACUCCUUAUUUUGAGCUCUGAUCAAUGUAUAGACGAUAUGCCAAAUGUCUUACGCUUGCGUUUUCAUGAGCUGCUCAUCAAACGUGGCACGAGAGGGUAGCUUUUCAAAGAUAUCUCAGUAGUUCUAGGUCAAAAAACAAAAAGGAUGGUGGCGAACACAGCGGCUUUCUACUUCCAUACUUCCAUAAUUGGUCAUGAUUUUGUCCCUUUUUGACUUAAAUGUGUAAUCAAAGGCUUGCGUAGCUUUUUCUGUUUCACCAUCUGGAGAGUUUUGUGGCAGACCGACCACAUGUGUUGUACUGUGUAUCAAGUUGUUAUGCCUUUAGGACGGUUUUAGUUUGGUGAUUCGCCCUCUCCGCUGGUUUUGCACUUAGAGAAAACCACGUUUGUCUAGAUUAGUUGCUUACAGAGUGUAACGGUCACUUUUCACGUAAAGCAGGUCUGCUGUGCCUAAUUCGACGCUCUGUGCAAGGCUUUACAUGUGCAUUUUGUCCUUCGCCCUUCGUAACCUUUCACUUUGUUGCUCCUUUUCUUUUCUCGUUCUUGGUCUGUUCUAGUUCUAAUAUUCAGAGGUAUCAGUAUGGUAGCAAUCUCAGUCCUUAAUGGGCCGCUGAUGUUAGGAUCGUGUGCCCUAAUGUGAAACAAGGGGGCAGAAACAAAAAAAAACAACAAAAACAUUAGUUCUGUUUCAUUUGUCUGUUUGUUUGAUUUUGUACAUAUUGCACCUGCUCAGUUCCAUAUGUCAUUAAAUAAUAAAACUGCAAUAUUGGCAUAAAAAUCUAAA